AUGGCAACACAAAUUCCGAAGAGUAUUCGAUAUGGCACACGUGCAAAGAAACAGUCCAAGAAGAUGGCGAAGUCGAAGUCAGAGCAGAGGAGCCUGAAGUUUUGGGCACAGGGUGUUCGGGAGGAUGAGAUUUUGGCCCCGCACAUACAAAGAUACCGAGAUGCGCUGGAGCGGGGCCGACGUGCUGAGGCAGCAUAUCUCCAACGCGUCUGUCAUGAAUACCACGCUCGAGUGCCAUGGCAGACCCGUGACAACGAAGAGCCUCCUUUGCCCCUGCCAGCGUAUGACCCACGUGCACCUGUGGUCGAGGAGGUCCUUGAGGAACACGAAAAGCCCAUUCGCGCUGCCCGGAAGCAAGAGCUCAAUAAGCGUAUUCGCCGAUGGCUUGUCCGUCAUGCUAAGAAGAUCGGUGCUAUGACAGCCAGGGGCGAGGGCGCUGAGGGCCCAUUCACGCUCCUACUCGCCCAGCUCACUGACCUCACUCCACCCUCAAAAGCUCGCUCCGGACCUCAGCAGCUUAUGCAUGACGACUACGACACUCUGGUGGCAGAAACUGCUCAAGCUGAAUGGCCGGCUGCAUGGGAGGAUUGGAGGAAGCAGAGAAAGGUUAAGCGGAAAGGGAAGCGGAAGAUGGGGCAGGAUUUGGAUAUUGGUGUCGAGCUGGAUUCCGAUUCCCUUGAUCCCGUCGCCGACUCCGAUGACACGAAGCUGCCAAAUGUACCCAUUUGGUUCAAGUCGAAAACCGCAGACAAGAUCUUCAGGAUGAUGUCGACGGCCGAGAAGAAGAUGUACACAGAUUGA